CCUCAGUAAAGUACUAGGGAGCUUAGCUCAGCUCGUAGUGUGCCUGCUUUGCAUCCUUGAGGCCUUGGCCUUGAUUCCUAGUAUGCCUCACACCCCAGAGAAGUUGAACCCUGGAUAGAUUGAAAUUUUUAUGUAAAUCGGGUGCCCUCAAACUCUACCUCCCAACGCGUUGGUUUGAGGUAUGUGCCACUAUACCUGUCCUGAAUAACAGUUCUUUACUGUUUAGAGCUGUGACAAGACACUGAACAAGCAGCACAGUUGUGUUGUGGUGAGCGGCUUACAGUGUGGCAAGAGUGAGUUUUCACAUGUCCCUCCUCAUCUCUCCAAGCUAACGUGUGUGUCAUUUCAGGGACUGGUUUCGUUCACUGAUGUAACUGUGGACUUCACCCAGGAGGAGUGGGAGCAGCUGGCCCCCGCACAGAGGAUUCUCUACAUGGACGUAAUGCUGGAGAACUACAGCAACUUACUCUCAGUGGAAGUGUGGAAGGCUGAUGACCAGGUGCAGGACCCCAGAGACCCAGAUAAGCAGGUGAAGCCACUCAUAACCCUCAAGAACCAACCACCCGCUGAAGGAGGAGACAGUCUCCUAGGAAAGACAUUAAAUCCGAACACAGACUUUGUGUCAUUAGCACAAGUUCCCUAUAAAUAUGAUUUAUAUGAAAAAACUUUGAAAUAUAACUCUGACUUACUUAGUAGUAGAAGCCGUGUAAGGAAAAGGGGGGAAGAGUGCAGUGGAUUUGGGAAAACACUUCUGUGUCUGAAGCAAGAGAAGCCCCCGGCUGCAGUAGAAUACUCAGAAUGUACCGGAAGCGGAAAGGCUCUCAGCCAUAAAGAAGUCAUCUUUAAACAUCAGAAAAUUAAGAAUCCGAUUCAGCCUUUCGUCUGUAAUUACUGUGACAAGGCCUUCUCCUUCAAGUCACUCCUCAUUAGUCAUAAGAGGAUACACACAGGAGAAAAACCCUAUGAGUGUAAUGUGUGCAAGAAAACCUUCUCCCAUAAGGCGAACCUCAUCAAACACCAGAGAAUUCACACCGGAGAGAAACCCUUUGAAUGUCCCGAGUGUGGGAAAGCCUUUACCCACCAGUCCAACCUGAUUGUGCACCAGAGAGCACACAUGGACAAGAAGCCCUAUGAGUGCAAUGAGUGUGGAAAGACAUUUGCACAGAAGUUUGAACUUACUACACACCAGAGAAUUCAUACAGGAGAGCGACCCUACGAGUGCAGUGAAUGUGCAAAAACCUUCUUUAAGAAAUCAAACCUCAUUAUACAUCAGAAGAUUCACACGGGGGAAAAGCGCUACGAGUGCAGUGAGUGCGGCAAGUCGUUUAUCCAGAACUCACAGCUCAUCAUCCAUAUGAGAACUCACACUGGGGAGAAGCCCUACGAGUGCCCUGAGUGUGGCAAGACCUUCAGCCAGAGGUCAACCCUUAGAUUACACUUGAGAAUCCAUACGGGAGAGAAGCCCUACGAGUGUGCCGAGUGUGGCAAAGCCUUCAGCAGAAAGUCUCGGCUCAGCGUCCAUCAGAGGGUUCACACAGGCUAGGUCUUGAUGGGAUUGCACUGUGGAAAACCCAGGAAACCAGAAUUCUUCCAGUGAGGGAGAAGGCCUCAUGAAGAGACUGAAGGACCUUGGGGAAUCAUGUAGAGAUGUAAUCUAACUCAAAAACUUUAGAAAAAAGGAUACAGUAAGAAUAUAAUACUGACAGUUACAAUAUGCAGCAAAGGGGUAAAUAUCCAUGUGUAUGUGUAUUUCAGUUCAUGUGUCUCCAGAUCCCAAUGUCACACAGACACACCCAGCUCUUUCCGAGAGUGCCUCUGGCUUUUUGUGCUGCUGGGAUCAAAUCUAGGGUCUUGUCUGCUGAGCAAGGGU